AUGACUGCCUCGAACCGCAUCGAAAAGGUGGCCAUCGUAGGUGCUUCCGGGCACAGUGGCAGCUUCAUGACCAACGCCCUGCUCGAGACUGGCAGACACCAAGUCACGGCACUCACCCGAGUUGACAGCGAGAGCAAAUUCCCCGAUGGCGUGGUGAUCAAGAAGAUCGACUACAGCCGGCCCGAGACCCUUGUGGACGCGCUUAGAGGCCAGGACGCCCUGGUCAUUACCCUGAGCGGCCACACGCCCAAGGGGACCGAGCUGCAGCUCGUCAAUGCCGCAGGAGAGGCCGGCGUACCCUGGAUUCUACCCAAUGAGUGGUCUCCAGACACAGCCAACGAGGCGCUGGUCAAGGAUGUCUUUGUCUUUGAGUUCAAAGUGGCCACGCGCAAAGCCAUUACAGAGCUAGGCAAGAGUUCUUUUAUAUCCGUCUCAACUGGCUUCUGGUACGAGUGGUCACUGGCCAUCAAGCCCGCAUACGGCUUCGACUUUGACAGCAGAACCGUGACCUUUUUCGAUGACGGCGAGACCAAAAUCUGCACAACGACGUGGCCCCAUCUGGGACGUGCCGUCGCUGCUCUGCUGAGCCUACCCAUUCAGGCCGAAGGGGGUGACGACAAGGCAUGUCUGGACGCCUUGAGAAACCAGGUCGUCUAUGUCAACUCGUUCAACGUCAGUCAGAGGGACAUGCUCGAGUCAGCUCUUAGGGUGACUGGCACUCGGGAGAGCGACUGGACAAUCACAAGAGUGUCUGCUGAGCAACGAUACGCCGAUGGUGUCAGGGAAAUCAAAGAGGGUGUCCGCGUGGGGUUUGCCAAAAUGAUGUAUACUAGGGUAUUCUUUGCUGAUGGUUGUGGCGAUUUUGAGACGAAGGGCACCAUCAAUGGCGUGUUGGGUUUACCAAAGGAAGACAUGGACACGGCUACCAGAGCCGCUAUUGAGCGGUCAAAAGGUCCUGUAUGGGUGUAG